AUGCGAGCAAGCAGUCCCCUGUUAGGAGGACUUCUCUGGAAACGGCCAUGGCGACUAUCGAGUCCCCAGAAAGCGCGCCAGCGUAAACGGUUACGGCUGGUGGACAAGGUGGUCGACACCCUAAGCGCGGCGCUGCAGCGGAACGGGGCCAUGAGCGCAAAGGCCAUCGACCGGUGGUACAGCGAGAUGCCGAGGGAGGAGGAGAUGCUCCCAAAGGACAAAUACACCAUCUUCGAUCGCAAGGAGAAGAGAUAUCGGAAAGGGAUACACAGUAGGGGCCCCGGAAUUCAGAAUUCAGAAUCCAGAAUCUAG